CUUGAUUAGUUUCCAUCUGUUGCUUCUUGUCCUGCCUUCAGGGGCUUUGGAGAACAGGUGGUACUCCAGUCUACUCAAACUGAGCCAAUGGAGGGAGGGCAUUGGCUCAGAUUUGACCCAAUCUGGUUCAGCAUGUGCGAACGCAACCAACAUGGAGCCAGACAGUCUCGCCCUGCCAGUUCAUGUACCUUCUUGCUUUGAGAGAGGAAGUGAGUGCUGGGAUGCCGGUCUCUUGUUUCCCAAGCUGGCUCAUAAUUCUCCCUUCCUCCAGCUGCCAGCUGCCGUUGUCCAUCCACAUUCCCAAGUUAAGCUUCUUUCAGCCCAGCCGGACACGCACAGAGGCUGCGGAGGGACAGGGAGAAAGUCCAGCCGAAGCCGAGAUGGACAAUCGGACUCUUCAACUCAUUCUGUUUUGUGCCCUCACCUUGCCAGGUGCCCUGGGUGUGAACAUGGAGGGGCAACUGAUCAAGGCUCUCUUUGACGACAGGAACUACGACAAUAAAUUGCGACCGGUGGUGUCUAAGAAUGACAUAGUGAACAUCAGUCUGGCUCUGAUGCUUUCCAAUCUCAUCUCCCUGAAAGAAGCAGAUGAAACUCUCACGACCAAUGUCUGGCUUGAGCAUAGCUGGACGGAUCAUCGGCUGCAAUGGAAUACGACCGAGUAUGGAGGGAUCGGUGUGCUUCGUCUCCCACCAGACAAGUUGUGGCUGCCUGAUAUCGUCCUGGAGAACAACAACGAUGGAAACUUUGAGAUUUCGUACAGUUCCAACAUCCUGCUGUAUCCUAACGGAGGAGUAUAUUGGCUGCCUCCUGCCAUCUUCCGCAGUGCCUGCCCUAUCAAUGUCAAUUACUUCCCCUUUGACUGGCAGAAUUGUUCCCUGAGGUUCUGCUCCCUGAAGUACAGUGCCAAUGAGAUCGACCUGCAGAUCAUGUCCAAAACACUUAACAAGACCCAGUGCUCGUAUCUUGUGGAAUGGAUCAUCAUUGACCUGGAAGGAUUCACAGAGAAUGGCGAGUGGGAUAUUGUUCACCGGCCAGCUCGUAAAAACAUCAACCCGCUUGUCCCGCGAGACAGCAACAAACACCAGGACAUCACCUUCUACCUCAUCAUUAAGCGCAAGCCUCUCUUUUACGUCAUCAACAUCGUCACCCCCUGCAUCCUUAUCGCCUUCAUGACCAUCCUUGUCUUUUACCUGCCAGCUGAUAGUGGGGAGAAGGUGACCUUGGCUAUCUCCAUCCUCUUGGCUCAGUCUGUAUUUCUGCUGCUGAUCUCUCAGCGUCUCCCGGCCACCUCCUUCGCCAUUCCCCUCAUCGGCAAGUACCUGCUGUUCAUCAUGCUUCUUGUGACCGCGGUCGUGGUGACGUGCACCAUGGAGCUCAACUUUCAUUUUCGGACCCCCAGCACCCAUGUCUUGUCUGAAUGGACGAAAGAGUUCUUUCUUGACACCCUUCCUCGCCUCCUGCACAUGUCCAAGCCGGCCCAGAGUGAUCCCACGCCGCAGGGCAGCUUUCUGAUGCGGCGUUCUAGCUCCGUCGGUUACAUCGUCAAGGCAGAGGAAUAUUUCACCAUUAAGUCCCGCAGUGAGCUCAUGUUUGAGAAGCAGUCGGAGAGACACGGCCUAACUAGCCGGAUUACCCCUGCACGACCAAACCCCCACGGCAUAGGAGAUUUGCAGGACCAGCUUUACAAUGAGAUCAAGCCAGCCAUUGCUGGAGCCAACUUCAUCGUGAAACACAUGCAGGAGAAGAACAGCUACAAUGAGGAAAAGGACAACUGGAAUUGUGUUGCUCGGACCGUGGACCGCCUCUGCCUCUUCUUGGUGACUCCCAUCCUGAGCCUUGGAACCUUGUGGAUCUUCUUGGUGGGAAUAUACAACCACCCUCCCCCCCUGCCCUUUGAAGGCGAUCCUUAUGACUACAGUGAGAAGAACAUGCGUUUGAUUUAAAGCCAAAGGAUGCCCUGCUCAGAGCAUCACCACCCCUGAUCAGAAGCACAGCUGGCUGAUUCGGUGUAGCAUGAUGGAAGAUGAUAUCGGCCCUCCCCCAAAUAUCCAGAGAGUUGUGCUUCCUUAACUUACUUCUCUUAUUUCUGAUUGUUGUUGUAAUUUUAAUCCCCAAGUUUCUCAACCUUAAGAUACUUUAAGACGGGGGGUCCCCAACCCUCGAUUUGUGGACCGGUACUGGGCCACAGCAUGCCAGCAACCGGUCCGCACAAACA